AUGGGAUCUUGUGGUUCUAAAGAAGCUGGGGAGCCCGCAAAACCAGCUGUCACCACACAAACAAAACGAACAGAACAACAAAAACAGUUGGGUUCCUCUGCAGCGACAGGAAGCUCUGCGGUGAAAGCGUCCAACACCGAAGCCAAGCCAGCCUCAGAGUCUGGGCAAGAGAAAAAUGGGAAUGGUGCGCUUGUCGCAGAGACAAAAUCAGGUGAAUUGGUUCAGACCUCAGACAAGGAACUGAAGGUUCUUUUGCUUGGAUCGGGAGAGAGUGGCAAAUCGACCAUCGUCAAGCAAAUGAAGAUCUUGCACAAGAAUGGCUUUUCCAAUGCUGAGGCCUAUGAGUACAAGCCCUUUGUAUACAAAAAUGUGUUGGAGUGCGUUAAGAACGUCAUUAAUGCCAUUAUCGACCUACAACCCGACAUGAUUGCUCCACAGGAUCAACCCGUGUCGGAAGAUGAGGGAAGCACGCAUAUACUUGCCUAUCUGGACAUGAAUGACAUUUUGGAUUAUGAUUUUGCCGUGAACACAGAAGAAAUCUUUAGCAGUGACAUUGCAUUGAAAAUCCAAAAGUUCUACGAACAUCCUGAAGUGCAAGAGUUCAUGAAGGUGCAGCAAGGCAACUUUUACCUCAUUGAUUCCACAAACUACUUUUUGAGCAACAUUAGCCGGAUCGCAACUCCAGACUAUAUUCCAACCCAGGAGGACAUUUUAAGAACAAGAAAGAAAACAUCGGGUAUAUUUGAUUUCCGGUUCGAAAUGGGAGGGUUAAACAUCCAUUUGUUUGACGUUGGUGGACAACGAUCCGAGCGUAAGAAAUGGAUCCAUUGUUUUGACAAUGUCACGUUGAUCAUCUUUUGUGUGGCACUUUCUGAAUACGACCAGGUGUUGUUGGAGGAAAAUACCCAAAACAGAUUGGAGGAGUCUUUAACAUUGUUCGAUUCUGUGGUCAACUCGCGAUGGUUUUCUAGAACUUCGGUGGUUUUGUUCUUGAACAAGAUUGACGUCUUCGCCAAUAAAUUGCCUUACUCUCCUCUAGAAAAACAUUUCCCAGACUAUAACGGUGGUGAUAAUAUCAACAAGGCUGUCAAGUACAUCCUUUGGAGAUUUACACAAGUAAACCGUUCGGGUCUUAACAUCUACCCUCAUGUGACUCAAGCCACGGACACCUCCAAUAUUCAGUUGGUGUUUGCUGCGGUCAAAGAGACAAUUUUGGAAAAUUCUUUACGUGACAGCGGGAUCUUGUAG